UUAUGUUUGAUGUAAAAAACUACGAGACCACUUGCUUCCUUGUUGCUAACUUUUUUAUCCUCCCAAUUCCCUCCACCAUAUAAAAUGCCACAUUGCCCGCAUCACCACCAUGGCGACCAGCCAUCUUCUUCCUUUCGUUAGCUUUUCUGCUACGUUUUUGGGUAAGCAAAAGUUCUACUCAACGACUUCUACAAAAAAUAAUAAAAGAAUUAGUUGCUUUCAAUAUCCUACAACUUCAUGUGUUUAAUCUACCUCACUUUUUUGGUAGUGCAAACGGUGUGAAAUGUAUAUAACAUGAUAUUUUGUUGUGAAGAACUCGUGUUGGCCAACAUAUGCAGAUUCUUAAACCCUAACUUUGAUACAAAAUCGCUGUUUUCGAUCAAUAUUCAAGGAUCAAGAAUCCAAAGAUAUGUCUCCAGUUCAUGCCGAUCAUGCUUCACAAACUGGGAAUACAACAACUCAAGAGACAGUCGUUUUUGAAAUCGGAGAAGACUCCGAUUUUCUGAGGUUACUGGACAGGCCUAGACCAGUAAGUGUGGAGAAGAAGAGAUCCUUCGGUGAAAGGUCGUUCAGCGAGUUGUCCAAUAUAGGGUCUCCUUGUAGAAGAUCCAGUUUUCUGGGGAGUCCUAGACUGAACUAUGAGUCGCAUCCCGUGGUUUCCGAUGCCUGGGAAACCCUGCGGCGCUCUGUCGUGCACUUCCGAGGCCAGCCUGUUGGAACCCUCGCCGCUGUCGACCAUUCUGUCGAAGAACUUAACUAUGAUCAGGUGUUUGUUAGAGAUUUUGUGCCAAGCGCAUUGGCAUUUUUGAUGAAUGGAGAGGAGGAGAUAGUGAAGAACUUUCUUUUGAAAACACUUCGCCUCCAAUCGUUGGAGAAAAUUGUGGACCAGUUCAAGCUAGGAGAAGGUGUCAUGCCGGCGAGCUUCAAAGUGCUCCAUGACCCCGUAAGAAACUUCGAAACCAUAACAGCGGAUUUCGGAGAGAGCGCAAUUGGAAGAGUAGCUCCGGUUGAUUCUGGAUUUUGGUGGAUAAUAUUGCUUCGCGCUUACACAAAGUCUACCGGGGACACUUCGGUCUCCGAAAUGCCCGAAUGCCAAAACGGCAUUCGCCUCAUCCUGGAUCUUUGCCUCUCGGAAGGAUUUGAUACUUUCCCUACUCUGCUCUGUGCUGAUGGUUGCUGUAUGAUUGAUCGCAGAAUGGGUGUGUAUGGAUAUCCAAUCGAAAUUCAAGCACUGUUCUUCAUGGCAUUACGAUGCGCUCUGGUUCUGCUCAAGCAAGACAACUGCGGCAAAGAAUUCGUGAAGCGCAUAACCGACCGCCUCCACGCCCUGAGCUACCACUUGCGCAGCUACUUCUGGCUGGACCUGAAGCAGCUCAACGACAUCUACCGCUACAAGACGGAGGAGUACUCGCACACGGCGGUAAACAAGUUCAACGUCAUGCCGGAUUCGCUGCCCGAUUGGGUGUUCGAUUUCAUGCCGAGUCGCGGCGGUUACUUCAUCGGCAACGUGAGCCCGGCCAGGAUGGAUUUCCGGUGGUUCUGUUUGGGCAAUUGCGUGGCGAUUUUAUCGUCGUUGGCUACGCCGGAGCAGGCGUCGGCGAUCAUGGAUCUUAUUGAGUCACGGUGGGAAGAGUUGGUCGGAGAAAUGCCGUUGAAGAUUUGCUAUCCGGCAAUAGAAAGUCAUGAGUGGAGGAUUGUUACAGGCUGUGAUCCAAAGAAUACUAGAUGGAGUUACCACAAUGGAGGCUCUUGGCCAGUACUGCUGUGGCUGUUAACGGCAGCAUGCAUAAAGACCGGACGGCCCCAGAUUGCAAGGCGUGCGAUCGAGCUGGCGGAGAGCCGGUUGUCGAAAGAUGGGUGGCCGGAGUACUAUGAUGGGAAGCUAGGGAGGUACAUGGGGAAGCAGGCACGGAAGUACCAGACGUGGUCGAUAGCGGGGUACUUGGUGGCGAAGAUGAUGCUGGAAGACCCGUCUCAUUUGGGCAUGAUAGCAUUGGAGGAGGACGAGCAAAUGAAACCCCUUAUUAAAAGAUCUGCUUCAUGGACCUCCUAAUUUCUAUCAUUUUUCUUGCCAAAUGUAUGCAAAUGCGUGUUACAAUAUUGUAUGCAUGCAGGCACUUUUGGCCAUGUUAAUUUGGGUGAGAAAGUGGAACUUUAAGCAUCUAGCGUUUAAACACCUUUUAUAGUUUAUACUCUUCUUUGGAAAAAAAAAAAAAAAAAAAAAAAAAACUGAAUACAGUUGGUUAUCAAAUGAUUUCUUAAUUUUAAUUUUUUAAUUUGAUAGCUUAACUUAUAAAUGAUUGACAACUUCUAUAUAAAAUCCCAUAAAAUCACAAGUUCAAAUUUCAUAACUUUUUUUGGUCGAAGGUAAGCGUCCGCCUUCAUGUUUUCCUUUGCUUUGCCUUUGUUCGAAUUUCUAACCUAGAAGGACAAAAAAAGGUUUAGGGGAAAGAUAUGAAAAAAUAUAUCAUUUAUUCUA